UUUACCUCUUGCUUUGUUUUACCCGAAACAUUUUCAGUUUUGUAGACUCCAUUAAUGGCUCAGUUACUGUCUCCUCUGUGCGCAGAAGCACUGAAUUUCCAAAACCCAUUACUGUCGAGCUCGUGUUCGAGAAGCCUAUGCCGUGUUUUCGCGAUGACAAGCGGUGGUUUGACUUUGACCGGGCACGGUGGGAUUGGGAAGCGGAGGGGCUGUGUUGGCAGAGUCAGAGUGGCGGCUAAAGAUUCGGCUUCCAUGGAUGCUGUUGCAGAUGAUUAUUACGAGGUCUUGGGCUUGCUUCCAGAUGCCACACCAGCUCAGAUAAAGAAAGGCUAUUAUAAUUGCAUGAAAGCUUGUCAUCCGGAUUUGAGCGGCAAUGAUCCAGAGACCAAUAAUUUCUGCAUGUUCAUCAACGAGGUCUACGCGGUGCUCAGUGACCCUGUUCAGCGCAUGAUCUAUGAUGAAAUCCAUGGCUAUGCUUUGACUGCAAUCAAUCCGUUUGUAGACGAUUUGAGCUCUAAAGAUCACGCUUUUGUUGACGAGUUUAGCUGCAUAGGCUGCAAAAACUGUGCCAAUGUGGCUCCAGAUGUCUUUGGAAUUGAGGAAGACUUUGGAAGAGCUAGAGUUUACAACCAGUGUGGGAAUCCAGAAUUAGUUCAACAAGCAAUUGAUAGUUGCCCGGUUGAUUGCAUUCAUUGGACUUCAGCUGCACAACUAUCCUUGCUUGAAGAUGAAAUGCGCAGGGUGGAAAGAGUAAAUGUGGCAUUGAUGCUUUCAGGAAUGGGCUUGUCAUCAAUAGAUGUAUUCAGAAUGGCGAGUUCUCGAUGGGAAAAGAGGCAAGCAAAAGUAUUGCGACAAGCUAAAGUGAGGAUGACAAAACAGAAAGAUGGUGAUAAAACUAAUUCAUACUGGAGCAAUCUUUGGGGAAAGCCCAAAGAAUACGUAAAUUCAGAAGAGGAAGUCAAAGAAAGAGCAAAACGAGCUGCAGCGGCGGCUAGAAGAUGGAGGGAGUACUCAAGAAGGGGUGCUGAUAAGCCUCCCACGUUUAAACUUCCAGAGGAAAUCUCCGACAAUGAAAACUUCUAUUGAUUGUAUUCUCAAGACCCCUCAUUAGUAAUUUUCUAGAAUAUACAAAUAAAUUUUCAUUGGUUAGUGUAUAGAUUGUUAUUGAGAACUCUUCUUAGCUCUAUACCUCGUCAGACUCAGACAUGUAUAACUUAUGCUGAUAUUGAUCUCUGUAAUUAUGUAUAGACACGAGAUCAGAUUUGUUAAUUGCAUUUAUGAUCAAUUUUAUUCAAGCAUCAAUGGGAAAAGGAUUUAGUACUG